AUGCCUUUUCUGAUACUCGGCUCGGCGCUGCCGUUUGUGGCUUUCCUGCUGCUUCUUGGACUUUUCUUGUUCCAAACGUUAUACCGCAUUUUUACGGGAGGCCUUUCGAAAGUACCCUCUGCUCAUUGGACGUGCUCUUUCAGUCCCGUUUGGAUUCUUUGGCAGCGUUAUCAUGGGAAGGAACUGAAAGCUGUUCUUGCAGCUCAUGAAAGACUGGGCAAGAUCGUUAGAGUUGCGCCGCAAGAGAUCAGUAUCAGCGACUACGAGACUGGUGUUCGCCAGGUUUACAACGCCGGCUUCGAAAAGCCAGGCUACUUCGACUUCUUCCGAUACUAUGGACAACGGAACUCGUUUGCCAGCCGGAGCCGAGCCGAUCAUGCCGCAUGCCGCCGACGAGUGUCUUCGUCUUAUUCCAAGACGACGCUAUUUGCCUCAGAGACGUUGAGCAAAGUAACUCACAACAUCAUGUAUCAACGCCUCAUGCCAGUUCUUCAGCAUCACUCUGCACACGGACAACCGGUAGAGCUCUUGAGACUUUGCUAUGCCUCUGGGUUGGACAUGCUCAACUGUUAUAUUUUGGGUCUUUCUAGUGGACCCGACUUUACUCGAAACCCUGAGUUGACGGAAAUGUGGCUGGAGCACUACGAGAACAGGUAUAGUCCUCAGGGCUUCUGGUUGCAGGAACUCCCUAAACUUUAUCAUGGGCUUCGUAAGAUUGGACUUGAUGUGAUGCCUCGUAAGCACUAUGAAUCGACCGAGUGGAUCGAGAACUGGAUGCUGGAGCAUUGCGACAAGUCUGAGGCAGUCUAUCGACGCAUGCAGAAGGGAGAGCAACCCGCUGCGGAAGAUAUUCCAGUUGUGUAUAACCAACUACGAAAGGCGAUGUCCAACUUGAAAGAUGGCAAGUUCCUCGACAUGCAGGCGUCGGAAGAUCUGUCUCGAAUCUCCAUCGCCAGUGAAAUAUUCGAUCAUAUGUCCGGUGCUCGAGAGGUGUUUGGCCUUGUUCUUGCCUACGCGGUGUACUACCUUGCUCAGAACCCAGCACAGCAAGAAAUGCUAAAGCAUGCGGUUGCAGGACUCGGAAUGCACGUGAAUCAAGUCGGAACCAACGACGCAAACAAUUUGCCUUCGCCUCAGACAAUUGAGUCCAUUGCAUAUCUGCAGGCCGUCAUCAAGGAGUCUCUGCGCAUGAGGCCCAAUAGCACUCCUUUACCGCGCAUCACACCCCACGACAAAUCCGUGAGCAUUGCGGGGGUCGAUGGCAUUCCCGCGGGCACUCGAGUCAACUGUUUCCAAUGGUUUCUACACCGGAACCCAGAGAUGUGGACUCAGCCGAAUGCCUGGGUUCCUGAACGUUGGUUGGACCAGAAUGGUGCGGAGAGAACUGAUAUGCCUCCUCUCUGGGCCUUUGUGACCGGCCCGAGAGCUUGUAUCGGAACGCAACUAACAUACUAUCUAUUCGGAUAUAUCCUGGCUGGCCUGUUCUCUAACUUCAACGUUCAGAUUGCCCGCCCUGAGACCUAUGGCCGCCACACCCCUGGAUCUCUGGAAGAUGAACUCUUUGUCUUGAUGACCCCAAUUGCAUAAGGGGUUAGUCGCAGUACGAUGAAUCUCAUUCCACUGUGAUCGGUAUACAUAUUUGGUUGGUUACCACAUAGUAUUACGCGAUCUGGUUUCAAAAUAGUUGGAGAAUGCUGGUUGCGCAGGAUAUGUCGUGUUUAAAAAUUUGAAGAUAGCACUAUAGUC